CCCCUCCCUGUCCGGUCCGGGUUCGCUUGCCUCGUCAGCGUCCGCGUUUUUCCCGGCCCCCCCCAACCCCCCCGGACAGGACCCCCUUGAGCUCGUCCCUCAGCUGCCACCAUGAGCGACCAAGAUCACUCCAUGGAUGAAAUGACAGCUGUGGUGAAGAUUGAAAAAGGAGUUGGUGGCAAUAAUGGGGGCAGUGGUAAUGGUGGUGGUGCCUUUUCUCAGGCUCGAAGCAGCAGCACAGGCAGUAGCAGCAGUGGAGGAGGAGGAGGGCAGGAAUCCCAGCCAUCCCCUCUGGCUCUGCUGGCAGCAACUUGCAGCAGAAUUGAGUCACCCAAUGAAAACAGCAACAACUCCCAGGGCCCAAGCCAGUCAGGGGGCACAGGUGAGCUUGACCUCACAGCCACACAGCUCUCACAGGGUGCCAAUGGCUGGCAGAUCAUCUCUUCCUCCUCUGGGGCUACCCCUACCUCAAAGGAACAGAGUGGCAGCAGUACCAAUGGCAGCAAUGGCGGUGAGUCUUCCAAGAAUCGCACGGUCUCUGGUGGGCAGUAUGUUGUGGCUGCCACCUCCAAUUUACAGAACCAGCAAGUCCUGACAGGAUUACCUGGAGUGAUGCCUAAUAUUCAGUAUCAAGUAAUCCCACAGUUCCAGACCGUUGAUGGGCAGCAGCUGCAGUUCGCAGCCACUGGGGCCCAAGUGCAGCAGGAUGGUUCCGGUCAGAUACAGAUCAUACCAGGUGCAAACCAACAGAUCAUCACAAAUCGAGGAAGUGGAGGCAACAUCAUUGCUGCUAUGCCAAACCUACUCCAGCAGGCUGUCCCCCUCCAGGGCCUGGCUAAUAAUGUACUCUCAGGACAGACUCAGUAUGUGACCAACGUACCAGUUGCCCUGAAUGGGAAUAUCACCCUGCUACCUGUCAACAGCGUUUCUGCAGCUACCUUGACUCCUAGCUCUCAGGCAGUCACUAUCAGCAGCUCUGGGUCCCAGGAGAGUGGCUCACAGCCCUCCACCUCAGGGACUGCCAUCAGUUCUGCCAGUUUGGUAUCAUCACAAGCCAGUUCCAGCUCCUUUUUCACCAAUGCCAAUAGCUACUCAACAACUACAACCACCAGCAACAUGGGAAUUAUGAACUUUACCACCAGCGGAUCAGCAGGGACCAACUCUCAAGGGCAGACACCCCAGAGGGUCAGUGGGCUACAGGGGUCUGAUGCUCUAAACAUCCAGCAGAACCAGACAUCUGGAGGCUCUCUGCAAGCAAGUCAGCAAAAAGAGGGAGAGCAAAACCAGCAGACGCAGCAGCAGCAACAAAUUCUUAUCCAGCCUCAGCUAGUUCAAGGGGGACAGGCUCUCCAGGCCCUUCAAGCGGCACCAUUGUCAGGGCAGACCUUUACAACCCAAGCUAUCUCCCAGGAAACCCUCCAGAAUCUCCAGCUUCAGGCUGUUCCAAACUCUGGCCCCAUCAUCAUCCGGACACCAACAGUGGGGCCCAAUGGACAGGUCAGUUGGCAGACUCUUCAGCUGCAGAAUCUCCAAGUUCAGAACCCACAGGCCCAGACAAUCACCUUGGCCCCAAUGCAGGGUGUUUCCUUGGGGCAGACCAGCAGCAGCAAUACCACCCUUACACCCAUUGCCUCAGCUGCCUCCAUCCCUACCGGCACAGUCACUGUGAAUGCUGCUCAGCUCUCCUCCAUGCCUGGCCUCCAGACCAUUAACCUCAGUGCAUUGGGUGCUUCAGGAAUCCAGGUGCACCAGCUUCCAAGCCUGCCCUUGGCUAUAGCAAACGCCCCAGGUGAUCAUGGAGCCCAGCUUGGCCUCCAUGGAGCUGGUGGUGACGGAAUACAUGAUGACACAGCAGGUGGAGAAGAAGGGGAAAACAGCCCAGAUCCCCAGCCCCAAGCUGGUCGGAGGACCCGGCGAGAAGCAUGCACCUGCCCCUACUGUAAAGACAGUGAAGGAAGGGGCUCUGGGGACCCUGGCAAAAAGAAACAGCACAUUUGCCACAUCCAAGGUUGUGGCAAAGUAUAUGGCAAGACCUCACACCUACGGGCACACUUGCGCUGGCAUACAGGCGAGAGGCCAUUCAUGUGUACCUGGUCAUACUGUGGGAAACGCUUUACACGUUCGGAUGAGCUACAGAGACACAAACGCACACAUACAGGUGAGAAGAAAUUUGCCUGCCCUGAGUGUCCCAAGCGCUUCAUGAGGAGUGACCACCUGUCAAAGCAUAUCAAGACCCACCAGAAUAAGAAGGGAGGCCCAGGUGUAUCCCUGAGUGUGGGCACUUUGCCCCUGGACAGUGGGGCAGGUUCAGAAGGCAGCGGCACUGCCACCCCUUCAGCCCUUAUUACCACCAAUAUGGUAGCCAUGGAGGCCAUCUGUCCAGAGGGUAUUGCCCGUCUUGCCAACAGUGGCAUCAACGUCAUGCAGGUGGCGGAUCUGCAGUCCAUUAAUAUCAGUGGCAAUGGCUUCUGAGAUCAGGCACCCGGGGCCAGAGACAUAUGGGCCAUACCCAUCAACCCUGGGAUGCAAGGUAGCAUGGGUCCAAGAGACAUGUGGGAGAGAGAGCCAUGAGGCAUUAAAAUGCAUGGUGGUGGGAAGAAUUGGGGGAGGGAUAUAAGAGAAGAGAUGGGGUCUUGGCACCCACCUAUAUCAUCAGUACCUCCUUGAAGUGGGAAACAUUAGUGAAAAUUCUGUUGGUGCCACCCUUUGAUGAGCAUUUGUUUGACCCCAGUUUCUUACACUUCUUAUCCCAGCCUCCCCUUCCUGCGUUUCCCUUCUCAGCUUCCCCAUGAUGGAUCCCCCCUUUCCUAAAGCCAUCAUGCCUUGAUAAAUAUAUAUGAUCAUUGAAAUACUUUUUAACAAAAAAACAGAUUCUAUAUUAUAUAUAUAUAAAUAUAUAUAUAUAUAUAAAAGAUAUAUAGAGAUGCAUUUGCAGGGGUUGGCUGGGAGGAGGAAGGAGACCAUUCUGUGACCAAAAUACCUUGGUCAUUUUUUUAUAUUGCCUUAUUUCCCUAUGGCUGAGCCUUGUUGUGACACAUCAAGCUUUUCUAUAGAUGUUGUCUUGGCUUCCCACCAGAUUAAGCAUUCAUAUGCUCUGCUUUUAGUUUAUAUAUACAUACAUAAUGUUUUUCCUUUCUUAAUUUUGUCUUUUUAUUUGGGAUCAGCUUCUUGCACUCCUUUCUUGACUCAACCUUUCUGUCUCCCUUUCUCUCACCUGAUCACUUCAUGUUUUGGUUUUGGUAAUGAUCCUUGGAUGAGGCACUUCUGUUAGUCUUUUAAGGUCCUUGUUCCCAGCAGCAGAAUGGAGAGCCUUGAAGCCCAGGCUGAUGCUUGAGGUAGCUGUGGAGAGAGUGUUCAAAAUACUACUGACGCAGGCACCGUCUUGGCGCUGGAGAGUCCAAGGCACCUCUCGUCAGUAGCUGCUUUAAGCAUCAAGAGUCUUUCUAUGGAAUUGUACAAGAGACCCUUUAAAGGUUAUAAUCUGGGAUCAGUUUGUAUAAACCAUCAAAAAGCGGUCAAGUAAUAGGUAGGGGCUUUCAAUAGGAAAAUGAUGUGCCCAGAAGCGGAAGUGACUCAUAGUAGUCCAGUUCAGGAGUUAGUGGAGUAUUUGGACUUGUGUACAGUGUCUUCCAAAGUAGCUCUGAGCUUUGGUGUCUGGGUUUCUGGGGUCACAUUCUGAAAGGAAAUGCACUUCCUCUUUUGAACAUCCCCAGUAGUUUCUUUCUCAUGUUGUUAAGGAGCAUCAGCCAAUGAAUCUGUUCCCAGUUUCCAUUCUGCAGAACUCCAGAGCAUGUACCUAGUGGCAAGGCAGUGGUUCCUUGAUCUUUUCCCUUAACUCUUCCUUGGGUGGUUCCUAAGGGAAAAGGAAGCACAUGAUCAUGGGAAUGAUAGCUCAGAACAAAAAGAAAUCUUGUCUUACCACUGUGGUUUAUAGGAGAGAUCGGGAGACGCCAUCCUGCUUUCUCCAUGGCCUGAUUCCUGAAGAGACUGAUCCAAAAAUUAUAGCGGCAGGGAACUCUUAGUGCAUUUGGCACUGAGAUUUAAAUGCAACCAGAGUUGUCCUCAAGGCCCAGCCAUUAAAACAUUGUCUCUCUUGACCUUCUGGUAUCUUGUCAGAGAGCUUUUCACUGUGAGGAAGUGUGGAAAUGGCUGUGUGUAUGUGUGUAAUCUGUUAGGUUGGGGAUAGGUUUUCUGUUAGCCUAUACUAAAAGAGACCUGCAAUAAAAAAUUGCCCUGAUCUGAUAGAAAAUGAAGUGUUUGUGUAUGACUGUGUGUGUAUGUGUGUUUGUGCCUGUAUAUAUCUACACAAUGAGAAAUUAUAUUUGAAAUUGUUGGAAAAUAAAUCAAAUUCAGCUCAAAAAUGCCUUUCAGGCCCAUUACCUAGAAAUCUGUCUUAAAACCUGGGUAUGUUCCUGAGGUCAUUUCUUUGCUUAUGCUAAAUUAGUUACAAUUAAUGAUGGGGGAUAUUCGACUGCACUUUUGAAGAAAAAACUAUUUUUGUGUUUGAAAGUGAAACCAACAUCCAGAUCUAUAGCAGCGUCCUAGUUUCUUUCAUAAAUCUUUUUACCUUGACUACAAAUAGAUGAUGCUAUGAUUCUACUAUAUAUUUUAUAUCAAAUCUAUCCAAAUUAGGGUCUGGGUAAUUUUGUGUUGUUGUUUAACCAGAAAUACAAUAACUGUUGAUAUUCUAAACAGUAGUUCACUCCAUUUGGUCCUUCCCCUGCAGACUUCAUACACUCAGGAACUAUUGCGAGGAACUUUCCCCAAAUCAAAUUCUGUUAAUACUGAAGUAAAAGUCAUCCGUGCCCAGCCACUUAUCACACACCCUUUAUUCCCACUGAAAGGCAGAACUCAGAACCUGUUAUUGUAUGUCUGUAAUCAUGUACGUAGGCAUCUUUUGGAGGAAAGGGGCAGGAUAACUCACCGGAGUGUGUGGUAUUUUGCUAGAGCAUUUCAAGAAAUGGAAUCUUCCCCAGUAUGAAAUUAUUUGAUAUAAACUAGCUUAAUGAUGCUGAGGACUACAAGUGUUUAGAAGGUUAUUUGAUGAUGAUUUUCUCUGGGAUGAAAUGCUGGUUUACCCUCAGCCCCCUUCAUGAGCAUUGUUAUAAGUGAAUUCCUAGUCCGUUCUCUCCACUUGCCCUCUUUCCUUGUUGCCAAGGAAGCUCCAAAUGCAGUAUCUUAUUUGGCCCCCAGACUGAAGCAGCUUCCUCUCCUGUCUUCCAGCAGCAGUGAGCCGCUCAGUGUUUUCCACAGGGAGUUUGGGAGCCAGCAGUGCUUGAGUCAUGAGCUCAUUGCUGAAAAUCCCUCUCCCUGAACAUUUUGGCCAGCAGAAAUUAAUGUAAUUGACAGGCAUAUUGAUUCUAAAAUUUUUUUCAUGAGUUGCUUUUUUUAUUUAAAUUUUUUAAAUGACCAAACCUGUGGGGCAGGGGAUGCCCAGAACAGUGGUAAUAUUAAAGCACCCAUUCCCUUGUCCCUUCAGGUUGCCCAUUCACAUUCAUCUGUGUACCAUUUGACUGUCUCUCUUAUAAGCCAGGGCAGUAACAACCCACACCCAUCUUCCUUCAGGGACCUCCCAGCUAGCACCCUGUUUGUGGAUGCUAUGCAGAAUGCCAUUUAAUGGGUAUUUCUCAGCCUGAUUCAGAAUAAAUAGAACCCUUGAUCCCAGAAAGUAUAGACUGAAGUAUGGGGUAAAGAUUAUGAUUGGGGGAGGGUUAGAGACAAAAGCUGUAAAUUACUAUGGCUGAUUGAUUUAUUUCUACUAUAUACAUAUAUAUAUAUAUAUUUUUUUUGCUUUUGUAUAUCCUAUAUAGGAAACUAAGCAUUGUAUUUUUUUAACAAAUCUGAGAAAGCACUAUGAACUGCGGAUGUUUGACUUUCAGAAUAUAUUUUGUAUUGUUAAUAUCUUCACAUUGUGUGAAUACUGGAAACUGCAGAUCUUUGCUAGGACGCAAUAAAUUUAUAUACUUUUUGAGGGGUUCUUCGGGGGGUGUUAAUCAGGCCCCUGUUACGCUUUGGGGGAGCCCUGGUGCUACUUGCUUAGAGUUUUCAUUCAAUUGUAAGUACCCUGAUGCCUUUUGGACCUUGGGAUCAGAGCAAACAAUUUUUGGAGAUCCCGGUACCAAGGAAAUGCAGAUAGUCUAGCUUCCUCAAGUGAGGGGCCCUUAGCAUAGCUCUCCUUCCCCCUAUUCAAAGCUGGGUAGCCUCUUGGGGUGAGGAAGAGAAAUGUGAAAUCUCAGAGUUUCAUCUCCCUUAGAAGAGAGCCAGUAACUUAUAUGCAAGGAUGAAAGGUGGCAGCAGUAGUUUUGGGGAAAGGGAGGAGGAUAUGGCACUCCUCCAAUCCCGGAAAACAUUGCUUUUGAAACUGCUGAUAAAACAUGGGCAGGUUAUUACUUUUGUUUGGGAGCCUGUGUUCUCUCUGGUGCCUCUCUUGGCUCUCCUCCUGGGGUACAGACCUCUUCUAGGAGGAUGAGCAGACCAGCUUUGAGGUUGACCUGUUUCUUUUCUUUGUCUGCCUUCCCUAAACACCAGCCCCCAGGAGGACAUUAAGCAGCCUUAAGCUUAAAUUCCUACUCCCUCUUCCCGUUUUGGCUUACUUGCCUUAAGAGUGAAGGCUGGGAAAGGGUAAAAAAGGGGAGUCCCUGGCUUCAUUCCUCCCCUACGUCUUUUCCAGUUUGACUUCCCCAAACCCAGAAAGAUUUCCUCUACCACGUUCAUUGGAGAGAAAUGAGUACAUUGUCCCGUUUUCCUCUUUCCUUAUUAUCAAACAACCCCUAGCCUGCCUUGUCCCUUUUAAGUGAGAAGAGGUGUGGUGAACUAUCCCUCAACUCCCUUCAGUAUCAAAAAAAAAAAAAAAAAAAAAAAAAGCAUAACAAAUGGGGUUAAGCUGGGGUUGCAGGUAGUGAGGACUCUGUUAAUACCUCUCCUGGGGUGUGUGUUUUCCUCUAUCUCACCUUCAGGAAUUACACUGUGCCUUCUCCACAGGGGAAUGGGCUUUGUCGACCCAGCCCUCCACUUUCCCAGCAACUGCUCUUGAACGGUGUGGACAGGGCAGGUCUUCACCUUUUUCUCCCAGUGGCAUCCCAUAGCCCUCACCUGGAGUCUAGGGCACAAAGACUUUGGGGGAAGCUGGGGGAAAUAUACUGAGAUUGACCUGAGGAGACCCUUUUUACACACACCAAUGGCAGCUGCCCCAGGGCCUGCUUCCUGUUACCCAGUCUGUCAUCAUCUGGGAGGGAGGGGCAGUGCUCCAAUCUCUGGUGCCUAAAACAAGUUUAUUUCUCUUUCUCAAUACUGGCGAUAACCAGUCUCCAUACCACUGUUGCCUUUUUAAACCUCUUAAUAUUCUCAUGCUGUGUUUGUUGUUGAUUCCAAUCCGAUUAUCACCAGGGCCGUGUGGGGAAAUACUUUUAAAUGCUCUCUCAUCUGUUCUUGCUCUUUUUUCCCCCUGAUCUUGUGUAUGUAUGAUGCUAAUCUCUUGUCUUUCAGUUUCUUCCUGCUCUUUUGUAUCUUCCUUUCUUGUCUCUCCCCCCUACCUUUUGUCUCUGGGUGUUUUGGGGCUUUUUUUUUUUUUUUUUUUUUUUUUGGCCUUUUUGUACAAAGAUUAGUUUCAAUGUAGUCUGUAGCUCCUUUGUAAACCAAUUAAAAAAAAAGUUUUUUUAAUAAAAAGCCAUGUCUCUGGUGUGUUGACAGGGUGGGAAUGGGGAAAAUAUGGUUAUAACUUCAUAUACUGUACCCAACAAAGUUUUCCAGGUAUACGGUGGUGCUCCCAUACAUGUUAGUCGGUGCAGUUGCCCCACGCUUAGCUCCCAGGCAAACAGUUUCAUGAUCAGAUCAGUGUGCCACGAGUACAUAGAAAUGUGGAGGACCAAGAGGAACAGGGCAGGCCCAACCUCUUUUUAAAAAAAAAUUUUAUAAGCUUUUUAUUUUGGAAUACUUUUAAAUUUAAAGGAAAGCUACAGAGUGCGGAGAGAUUCCAUAUACUCCUUUCCAGUUUUUUUCCAUUGUUAACAUACUACUGUGGUGUGUUGUCAAAUCUCAGAAACUGAUGCUAGUACAUUACAUUAGCUAAACCCCAGGCUCUGUGGGUUUCACCAGGUUUUCCAUUGAUGUCCUCCUUCCGAUCCGGGAUCCGUUCUGGGAUGCUACAUUGCAUUUCAUUGAUAGGUCUCCCCAGACGCAUCUGGUCUGUGACAGUUUCUUAGUCUUUUCUUAUUUUUCAUGACCUUGACAGUCUGGGAGUAUUGGCUAAAUGUCUUGUAGAAUAUCCCGCAAUCUGAAUUUGUCUGAUGUUUUCCUCAUUAUUAGACUGAGCUCCCAGGUUUUUGGAAGAAAUACCACACAGGUGAAACAGUGUGAAAUGCCUUUCUCAUUACAUCCUCUUGGGUAUAUGAGAGCCACGUGACAUUACCAAUGCUAACCUUCAUCACCCUAGUUAAGGUAGUGCUUGCCAGCUUUCUCCACUGUGUUUCCUUAUUCUUGGGAAGCAAGUCAGUAAGCCUAGCGCAUCCUUAAUGGAAUUGGUGGGAAUUUAAGUUUCCCUUCCCGAUGGAAGUAACUACAUAAGAGUAUUUGGAAUUCUGUGAGGAAAUUGUCUCUUCUCACUCUUAAUUUAUAUUAGUAUGUACUCAUGUAUGUUUAUUUUAUACUUAGGUUAUAAUCCAGUUCUACAUUAUUUUCAUUGCUCAAAUUGUCCCAGCUCUGGGCAUUGGGAGCUCUUUCAGGUUGACUCCUGAGUCUCUUUGAUACAUCUACAUCCUUUUCCUUUUUUGAGCACUUUCUAAAGAACGUUCCGAAACACAAGAUGCUUCAGACUUAACCUUGUAUUUUCCCAGCCCCAGCCCUAGAAUCAGCCAUUUCUCCAAGGAGCCUUCGUUCUUUUUAUUGGAGAAUGGUAUUUAGAAACUUAAGAUCUAGUCCCAAUAUGUUUUACAUUCAGUUAAUAGCAGCCUGUGUCUAACGUGAUUGAAUCUGGAUUAUGGUCCCUUCAGAAACUGAAAUUGAAGUUACUCUGAUGGCCUUUCCAAUUUCCCAUCAGCCUAUGGUUUCCCUUCCCUUCCUACCUAUCCAAGAAUCCUCAGUCACUUGUUUAUACAGUGGCUACCAGCAUUCUCAAUUACUUUGCUCAUUUGACUCCCUUUGCUUUUCAAUCACUCAGCCAUGGGUAAACUCAGUCAUUGGAUUUCCUUAUUUAGCCAUUAGCAAUAUAACAUUUUAACAUUUGGCUUUAUUGGAGGGUAUUUUUUGGGGGGGAGUUGGGUGUUUUGGGGUUUUUGUUUUGGUUUUGGUUUUGGUUUUGUAGCCCUAAAUGGGCCUUUAAUAGCUAUAUCAUCUAUUCAUUCAGUAAACAUUUAUUGGGCCCUUGCUAUGUCCCGGGUGCUGAGCUAGGUUGAGGAUAAAAAAUAAGACCGGUCCUGCCACCACAUACUUGAUAGUCUGGUAAGUGAGAGAGAGAUCAUUACUUGCAGGGCUCCCAAUCCUGACCCCAUUUUUUAACAGAUGCUUUACUUCCUAUUUCGUGGAGAGAACGUUUAAGCAUGAAUUUCCUCAAACUUCCCUCACCUCUCCCUAUCUCCCUACAAACAGCCGUAUACUCACCAAUGCUAGUUUACCUCCUUAUCUUUUCUUUUUUUUUAAGAUUUUAUUUAUUUAUUUGACAGCAAAAGAGGGAACACAAACGGAGUGGGAGAGGGAGAAGCAGGCAUCCCGCUGAGCAGGGAGCCCGAUGCUGGGCUCCAUUCCAGGACCCUGGGAUCCUGAUCUGAGCAGAAGGCAGAUGCUUAACGACUGAGCCACCUAGGCGCCCCUCCUUAUCUUUUCUUGGGAGAGAAAGUUGGCCUUUGCAAGGCCAGCCCUACUACCUGUGCUCUUAACCUCAUUUCCUCAUUUGGAUAGUAUUUUCCCCUUUCAUCUUCAGUUUCUCCUGGGUUCCCUUUCGUCUUCCUAUAAGCAUGUUGAAAUCUCUCCCCCUGUCCCUCUGCUUCCACUUCAAGCUUCAGAUCUAGUUCUUUUCAUUUCCAAAGUUAGUGAGAGUAGUUGACAAUUUUUGUCUUCUUUUAGUGAGCCCCUCAGGCCACUUUGUUCAGCACCUAUCAUGUACGAAAUUGUUUCUUAUGAACAUCUGCAAUCUGGUUGCCAGCUCCGGUGGUCUUUCAGUCAUUUGCCUCUUAGACCUCUUGCAACCAUGUACAUCUUAGAGCUUCAUUCCCUUGGAGUGUGAGACUGAUACUCCUGGUUCUCCUUCAUAGCCACUUCUUCCUCUGUCCCUUAAAUGUUGGUGUCCCUGUCUUGUGUCCUUUCCCUUACUCUACCUUUCAUCCCCUUAAACAAGUUGCAUCCACUCUUUAGCUAUCCCAAAUCUUAAGCCCUGCCUUUUUUCUCAACCUGGCAGACUGCUUACGGGACAUUUUCAUCUGGAUGUCCCACAGAUAACUCAAAAUCAAGAUGUAAGAAGGAGAAAUGAUCCUUUGUGUUCCCCAUCUCACUUAACAGUAUUACUACCCCUUGAUCAUUUAUACUUGAAACCUCAGAAUCAUCUUUUUAAUUCUCACUUUCAAAUACCCACAUUCAUUUGAUUACCAAUCCUGUCAAUAUUACCAAUACAAUGUGUAUCAACUUUUUCCCUUUUUAUUUCCACUGCCCUAGUACUCACCAUGGCUACUGCUCAGGUCUCAUAACUGAUCUCUCUGCUUCUAGUCUUCCCAAACCCUAGUCAUCCAUCUUCCACAUUGGCACCAAAUCCCUCCCUAAAAUCUUUUACUUUCAGGAAAAGUCUAGUCUCCUUGAUAAUAGACCUGAAAAACCUUUCCAGUCUGGUCCCACUCUGUCUCUAGGGUGAUUUUCUGCUUCAUAUCUCAUACCUCUUUCUCCUGCUCACUCCCCCCUGCCCCCAACACACACUAUUUUUGAUGCUCCCUUUGCCUAUAAUCAUCACCCUCCUUUUACUUGUUUUCAGUGUGUUUACCUUCAAGACAAUUUGUCCCUUUCUCUUUGAAACCCUCUAGGUACUUUUCUUCUAUGCCCUGUACAGAAUUAGCUUAUUUGAUCUUUCUGCUUAUAGAGCUCCUUGCUCAUACCCCUUGGUCUGACCCAUAAUUUUCUGGUUACUUGUUGAUAUAUCUUCCUGCCUUUCUGGACUAUGAGAUCCUGGAGGACAGGAAACACGCAUCUCUUUGUAGGCCCAGCACCUACUGAAAUUCCAUUUUAAGACGGAGACCUUGGGGCACCUGGCUGGCUCAGUUGGAAGAGUAUGUGACUUUUGAUCUCAGGGUCAUGAAUUUGAGCACCACGCUGGGUGUAGAGAUUACUUCAAUAAAAAAAGAAAGGCUGAGACUUAAUAUUUUCUGAGUUGAAUGAAUAAACAACUCACGUUAGCUCUGUAGACAGGGGGUCAAAGGUAACUUACUGGGCCACUGCAGACUUGAAUCAGGAUCCUGAUGAAGAAAGAUCUUUGUGUAUGUGGAAUCCAGGGAAACUGUUUCUAUGCUGGGGUCCUUUCUCAGGACCUUCCUAAUCCCUCAGCAUUCAGAUUAUUACCCCUUCUAUCACCACCUCACCCUAUAAACCUGGCUGGGAUGUUUCUGUCUUUGAGAGGAGUAGUCACCCAAGGCUUUGGGUGAGGAGGCGGCCUUUCUGCCUCAUCCUUACUUUGCUCCCCUCUGGAGGAAGUAGUCUCCUGAAACACUCCAGACACAAGAAGCUAUUUGACCCUCAACUCCCCACCUGCCCUCCAACCCUCCAGACUUAACUGAUCUGGGAGCAGGAAAAUAGCUGUAAUUAAGUACAACAUUCCAUCUCACUGGCAGGGCCCUGCCGAUUCCAAGAAGGUCCCAGGGAGGGAUGGGCAGCUAUCCAUCUGCCUCUGGCCCUGGUCAUUCCUCCGGCUGCUCCUUCACAAGUACCGGGGGCUUUUACUCUCUCCUUCCUUCAUGCAGGCUCCCCAGGAGAAAGGCUCCAGAAUUAGACAGUUAAUACCUAUACCCUCAGUCCUGGUCUAAGCCAGACCGUUCCCAGAAAGGGUUUCUAGGCAACCACCAGGGGGACAGAAGGCUAGGAAAACGGAACCAGUCCCCUCUGACUCUUAAUUCUCAAGGGAGCCAACUGCUCACAGGUACGGAAAUGAUUACCUAUUACUGAAAUGCUUUACUCUAGGGAGGAGUCUGGUGCAGCUGGACUCCUGUCUCCUAUUGCAGCACAAGUGUAGACUUCUUCCAUCUCCGUGCUGCCAUUCACGCUGCACACCCUGAGCUCUGCCUUCACAUUAUACAGUCCCUGCAGCUUAAUAAAUAUAGAAGGUGGACUAUGGAUAUUAGUCAUCAGAGGAGGCCCUUUUGCCCUUUGAAGCAUCCUGAGUUUCUCCUAUGUCUGCUGACCUCUGGUGGCGGUAGUUUGAACUGUACCCUCCCUUUCUAGUUAGCGGCCUGCUGGCAGGUAAUGGUGUAUAUUUUCUCAAUAAUCCAAAUUCAAAUAUUCAAAUACUGUAUCAAAUGGAAAUAUUUUUUAUUACUGAAUUUUUUGUUUUCAGGCAUCAUAGAAUAAAGAACAGGGCCUGGGCUUUGGAAUCAGAUUUACCUAGGUUCAAAUCCUAGCUCUGCUAUUUCCUAGCAGAGUGACCUUGGGCAAGUUACCUAAGCUCAGCUUUCUUACCUGUAUAGUGAAAAUAAUAAUAAAUAACUCAAUGGGAGAAUGAGAUGAGAUGACUGUAAAAUGCAUAGCCCUAGCUGUGCCCUAGCACAUAGGUGCUCAAUAAAAGUGUUUUUUUGUUUUGU